CUUCCACUGUACUUCGCCAUUGACACAAGACAAGAGACAAUGGCAGCAGCAUCUGCUUCGCUCUCCACCUUCUCUUCCCUCUCUCUACACACAACCCCUUCUCGUUUUUCACCCUUUCAAUCCCAAUCAUUCUUCCUCCCUAAACCCAUCCACCUAUCAAAACUCAAGCCCAUAACAGCCAAUUCCACAACCGUCGAAACCACUUUCUUUGACAACACAGACCCAGAAGAAAUUUCCACUUUUGAUCCUCCAGAACGCCCUGAAGACUUCAUAGAACCACCCUCUUUCGACGAUGGCCCCUUAGAAUCCGAAGACGACAUUGCAAAAGCUUAUGAAGAGCUUUAUGGGCCAGCUUACAGUGGAGAGACUUUCCUUGGGAAUGACAUUUAUACAAUGGACUCUAAGGUGAAAAAGACAACUGGGUUUGGGAAAACUAAGAAAGAGAAGGCCAAAGAUGGGUUUGAUGAGAGAGUGGUGCAAGUGAGGAGAGUUACUAAGGUUGUUAAAGGUGGGAAGCAAUUGCAUUUUAGAGCAAUUGUGGUUGUGGGUGAUAAGAAAGGGCAAGUGGGUGUUGGAGUUGGUAAGGCUAAAGAGGUGAUUGCUGCUGUCCAAAAGUCCGCUGUUAAUGCUAGGAGGAAUAUCAUUACUGUCCCUAUGACUAAGUACUUGACUUUCCCCCACAGAUCCGAGGGAGACUUUGGAGCAGCAAGGGUGAUGCUUAGACCAGCAGCCCCUGGUACCGGAGUUAUUGCUGGUGGUGCUGUGCGGAUUGUUCUCGAAAUGGCUGGCGUUGAGAAUGCCUUGGGUAAGCAACUUGGGAGUAACAAUGCCCUCAACAAUGCAAGAGCCACUGUUGUAGCUGUUCAGCAAAUGAGGCAAUUUAGUGAAGUUGCUCAAGACCGUGGGAUUCCUAUGGAAGAACUAUGGAAAUGAAGAGUUUCUGUUGCUUUGAUUUGUAUCUUCAAGAUUUUUGUAGAUUUCAACCCGGAUAGCUGCAGAUGCACCUUUUAAUUUUUCUGCAAGUGAUUAUCGUUAAUUGUGAUGUAAAUUUCAAAAUUCAGCUUUCUCAAACACGAUCUAUAUAAAAUUUCACAGAGUAGUUCUGGCCAA